AUGAAGCUCCUUGGUUCGCUGGCACUAGUGCUGGCUUUAUUUCAGCUUGGUGUAUCGGCCGCCGCGGCGCCCGAAGAGCCUCCAACUUGUGGUGCGCUUUGCAUUGAAGAGUUGGCGAUAAAGUCGUCUUGUGGUCUGAACACGACAUGUAUCUGUACAAAUGCUGAGCUAAAUGAGCAGAUCACGCUCUGUGUCGCGGCGAAUUGCACGGUGAGGGAGAGUUUGUUGACUCAGAGCUACUCCAAGCAUACUUGCAACGCGCCGUCUCGCGAUCGCACAACGCUGGUAUGGGUCAUCGGUAUCGUCUUUCUUAUUCUCGGCCUCAUAGGCUUUGGCCUGCGUGUCAUGGCCAGAGUGUUUGUCGUUAAGCAAACAUGGGGAGCCGAUGACUGGGUCAUGCUUCUUGCAGUGGCUAUGAUGAUACCGCUCAAUGCUUUGUCUGUACAGAUCUCACGGGUCGGACUGGGUAAAGAUAUAUGGAACGUUCAACCCGACGACAUCACCGACUUUCUUUACCUGUUCUACUGGGACGAACUUCUCUAUCUUGGAGCCCUGCCCAUCACCAAGAUUUCCAUCCUGCUUUUCUACCUGAAAGUGUUCCCUGGCAAACAUAUCCGACUGGCAUGCUGGAUCUUUAUCGGCCUCAACGUCGCAUACUUCAUCACGUUUGAGCUCAUUUCCAUCUUCCAAUGCAGACCAAUUGACGGCGCUUGGAAAGCCUGGGACAAGGAGUACAAGGCCAAGUGCAACAACAUCAACCUCCAGGGCUGGUUCGCUGCCAUUUUGAACAUCAUUCUCGAUGUUGGCACGAUGGUUAUCCCGCUGAAGGAGCUUUAUGGACUGUCGAUGUCGCUUAAGAAGAAGAUUCAGCUCAUGCUCAUGUUUAGCGUCGGCAUCUUCGUCACGAUUGUCAGCGCAGUCCGUCUUCAAUCUCUCGCAAGCUACGCAACAACCAGCAACGUAACCCAGGACUACGUUGAAAUUGGAUACUGGAGCACAAUCGAAGUCCCCGUCGGCAUAAUCUGCGCCUGCAUGCCCGCCAUCCGCGCUCUCUUCGGCAUCGUCUUCCCCAAGGUCUUCGCCUCCACGAACCGCAGCAAGAACAGCUACGCCAACAUCUCAGAGUCAAAGCAGCCAACAGGCGAUAGAAAGGGCGGCGCCACGCCGCAGAUCACCAUCGAGACGGAGAUCUCGACAAGGUACUCGCGGCACCACGAUGACUCGUCGGUAAUUGAACUUACGCAGAUGGGAAGGGACCAGCAGCAGCAGGCCCACGAGGAGACUGCGUGGACGGAUAGGAGGCCGGCUGUUCCGCGUGAGCCUACGGGACAAGCAUGCCCUGAUCCCCGUAGUCUAGCUCAACGUUCUUCCCCCAAGUCGCAUAAUCCUUUCAUCGGCAAGCGCGAUACCGCUAUUGAGUAUGACUAUGUAGUCGUCGGCUCUGGUGCAGGUGGUGGCCCAGUCGCCGCCAACCUGGCCGUCGCUGGCUUCAAAGUCCUUCUCAUCGAUGCUGGUGGUGACUCUGGCGAUGACUGGGUUGAGAAGCUUCCUGCCUUGCAUCUCAUGUCGACUGAGUUUGAGGACACACGAUGGAACUACUUCGUCAAUCACUACCCUGAUGAAAGGCAACAGAAGAAGGACUCCAAGAUGGUCUACCAAAAGACCGACGGAAGCUACUAUACUGGACUCACCCCGCCCAAGGAUGCAAAGCCUUUGGGUGUUCUUUAUCCUCGUGCUGGUACUCUCGGCGGAUGCACUCGUCACAAUGCCCUCAUCACCAUCGCUGCUCAUGACAGUGACUGGUCUUAUAUCGCCAGCCUUACUGGUGAUGACUCUUGGAACCCUGAUAACAUGCGCGACUACUUCAAGAAGAUCGAGAAGAACAUGUAUCUCCCCAGCAGUAUCAUCGGUCACGGCUUCAGUGGCUGGUUGGGAACUUCUCUGACCUCACUGUCCUUGGUAGUUGAGGAUCAGAAGCUUCUGUCCUUGAUCAUCUCUGCUGCUUCAGCCAUGGGCAAGGGUCUCCUAGGCUUUGUCUUGAACACUGUCGCUGGCCUUGGCCAAGUUUUGCUUCGUGAUCUCAAUGCACCAGGCCAAACCAGCAAGACCGGUCUCUACCAGGUUCCGCUAGCGAUGACUGAUAAUGUUCGUGGUGGUCCCCGAGACUUUAUCCUCAACACUGCCAAGGCGACCAAUAAGGAUGGAUCUCGCAAGUACCAUCUCGACAUCAAGCUCAACACUCUUGUCACCAAGAUCAACUUCGACAAGAGUGGCUCCAAGCCUCGUGCCGUCGGCGUCAACUACAUGCAAGGUGCAAGUCUCUACCGCGCCGACCCUCGCUCCGGCUCAGCCAAGUCCACUGGGACGGGUAGCGUCAUGGCCAAGCGCGAAGUCAUCAUCUCUGCUGGUUCUUUCAACACUCCUCAGCUCCUAAAACUCAGUGGUAUCGGGCCCAAGAAGGAGCUUGACUCUUUCAAGAUUCCUGUCGUGGUCGAUCUUCCUGGUGUCGGAACCAACAUGCAAGAUCGGUAUGAGAACACUGUCAUUGGUAAGACCGACAGUGACUUUGUCAUCACUUCCAAGUGCACAUUCCUGGAGACCCAGCCGGACCCUUGCUUGGAGCAGUACAAAAAGGGUCUUGGUCCUAUUACCAAGGGUGUAUACGGCACCAACGGCAUUGCUAUCGCUAUUGUCCUCAAGUCCUCUGUCGCUGAGGAUGAGCCCGAUCUCCUCAUCUCUGGUGCCCCGGCGAAGUUCAAGGGCUACUUCCCUGGCUAUGCCGCGGACUCCCUCGCCGAUGCCGAGCACUGGGCUUGGAUCAUCCUCAAGGCUCACAGCCGCAACAACGCUGGUACUGUCACCCUCAAGUCAACCGACCCUCGCGACAUGCCCAGCAUCAACUUCAACUACUUCGACACCGGCGUCAACACCAACGGAGAAGGCGACAAGGAUCUCCAAGCCACCUACGAAGGCUUCCAGUUCGCCCGCAGGGCAUUUGACGACCUCAUCCCUCUUGACGGCGACUUCCCUGAAGUAUGGCCCGGAAGCCAGACGAACAAUGAGAAGAAGGCAAAACAGUUCCUCAAGGAUGAGGCAUGGGGUCACCAUGCUUCGUGCACUGCUGCUAUUGGUGCUGAUGAUGAUCCCAUGGCUGUUCUAGACUCUGAGUUCAAGGUUCGGGGUACUGAGGGCCUGCGUGUUGUUGAUGCUAGUGUUUUCCCCAAGAUCCCUGGUUUCUAUAUCGCACUUCCUUUGUACAUUGUUGCUGAGAAGGCUAGCGAUGUUAUCAUCAAGGCGGCGAAGAGUUCUUAG